AUGCGGAGGACCUCCGGCCCCUCCCCUGCCCGCCCCCGGGCGGGACAGUCUGGUCCGAGCCAGCGGCGAGGUGGCGCCGGAGCGUGCGCACUGCUGAACCGGAGCGCGGAGCGGCCAAUGCCUCGGCGGCCGGCAAAGAUGGCGGAGCGCAGCGGCCAAGGCACAUCCCUGCGAGGGAUGCGUGAGCGCAUGGUUGCUGCGGCUCAUGCCAUUGCUGAAGAGCGACGCAGUCAAAGUGGCCAUAGCCCUCUGCAGUUGCCUCAGGCGUCUACCAGCAACUUGAAGACUGCGUGUAAACCAGUACUAGAUGGAUCUGUCUUGAAAUCUGAUGAGAAACAGAGACUAGCCAAAGAACGUAGAGAAAAGAAGAGACGAAUUGAAGAUGCUACCAAGGAGACACAGCUCUUUGAAAAAGAGAGAAAGGCAAAAAUUUACUUUGAAAAGCAAAUGGAGGAAAAGCAGCGAAAGAUCAAAGAGCAAAAGGAGAAGGAAGAGCAGAGGAGAAUCUCUGCUGAGGAGAAAAGGAAGCAAAAACUUGAGGAAGAACAAGAACGGUUCAGAGCUGUUGUUUCCCGCACCGAGGAACGCAUCAACAGCCGUGCAGAGACUAUUAAGAAGAGAUGGUCCUGGGAAGGCUCAAUGGCAGAAGGGCGAUCUGCUGCUGAGAGCAAAGAUGGAAAAAAGAAUAAGAGAUGCUCCUCGUUAAGUAGAAAAUGUACUCAGAGUCAUUCAACUUCCGAUAAAGAACAACUUGAUGAAAAACCAUCUGGUACAGGCCCUCGCACUGUAACUCAGUACAUGGCCAAGCCUAAUCGUAGUAAGAGUACUCAUGAUCUGAAGUCUGUGGCCAUGCUUCCUUCAGCCUCUUUACCUGCAAUGGGAACACCUGAAGAUACUGAUCUAACGUCAACCAACAAGAAUACAAGAAUCUCCUAUAAACAGAGUGGCGGGAAAGCUUCCUGCAAAACUCGGGGAGUGGAGCCUAUGAUGGUUAACCUGCAACACGCUCCCCUCAAAGCUACUAUCCAAACACUACCUUGCAUGGGUAUUGAACUUGCACCAAAAGUGAGCCAGACAGCCCUUCCUGUCUUAGAAAUGGGCGAAUGUUCCAUGGCAAAUAACGACAUAGCUUCUCCCGCUGAUGGGAUGGCAAUCUGUGAGGCAGACAUCAUUGGGACUGGCACAGACUCAUCGCCGAUUGAAAGUGUAGACCCCUCCCCUGAAGUGAGUACUGGGUCAUCUACAGAAUUGAGUGUAAAUCCAUCUCCGGAGGUAAGUGUUGACUCAUCAGAAUUGAGUGCAGACAUUUCUCCUGAUGUGAGUGAAGAAGUGUCCCCGGAGAUGACUAGUUCGUUGCUCGAAAUACCUCCAAGCAUGAACACAGAGAAAAUUGUCAAACAGAUGCAAUCACUCUGUGUGGAGAAUCCAAACCAAUCACUGGAACCCGACACUGAAGUCGUUGCUGGACCGUCCUCCGAUACAAAGGUUGUUCCACAGAAACUGGAUAUGACCCCUAACAGCCAGAAGCGUACCACAUCGAAUAUACCGUGCUACACUUGGCAGUCCUCGCCUUCAGUUGCAGUUUCGUCUCGCCCAUCCUCACCUCAGAUUGUCAAACACCAAAGGUGCCCGCCCUCACUCGUCAUGUCCAAGUCAUCAAAAAAGAGCUCUCUUGCUUACACUGUAACACCUGUCCAGCACAGUGCGUCUGCAUCAAAUGCAAUAAAUGCUUCUGAGAAGAAGAAAGAUAAAACUUUUAAAAUCCACAAAUAUGAGGGUGGAAUUCCAAGGUUGGUGAUUGCAGAACUCAGUAAUAAAAUGACUGCCGGGAUCGUGAACAAAGAAGAGGCCACCAAAAUCCUGGCUGAAAAACGCCGUCUUGUUCGUGAGCAGAGGGAGAAAGAAAAAUUACAGGAGAAUCCAAUGGAAGAAAGGAAAGAAAAAGAUCAGGAGAACCAUAGAGAGGAUGUGCUCUCAAAAGCAGAUGAGGCCCCACCACAAACUUCUGAUGAUCAUGAAUUCCAAAAUGCUACUGGUGGUCAACAGGACCCCGAGGGUCAUGAGCUUGUUUCACAGGACCAGGAGCAAGAGCCUGAUACAACCAAAAGAAAUUCUGACCAAGAUGAUCAAAAGGUUGUACUGACACAGAAAGGGGACGCCAAAAUUAAAGCCCAGGAGGAGGCGGACAGACGCAAGAAGGAGCAUGAACGAAUUAUGUUACAGAAUUUGAAGGAAAGAUUAGAAAGAAAAAAGGUACUCUCUCUUCUCUCUCUCUCUCUCUCUCUCAGGAUUGAGGAGAUAAUGAAGCGGACCAGAAAAGCAGACUGGAAUCCCUCAAAGACUGCUGAGACUCUGGGCAAGGCAGAGGAUGCAGAUGAUGAAGAUGAAGCUGAUGACGAGGAGGAGUCAGACAGUGACAAGGAACUCUCAGACACACAGUCAUCAGCUUCACUUAGUAGUGAAGAGUCAUCUUCAAAACCCAAAGUAUGUUCCAGGAAAACCAAGCUGGUUUACUUAGACCCCACAUCGACUUUCCUACGUCCAGGAAAAAAAGUGAUUUUAGAUUGUGGUAUGACGACGAUCCAACCUGUGAACAGCAAAGGGACCGUGACAUUAACAAAGGAUGCUAGAUCAUUGUCCAAGAGAACCACUGCCAGAUCACCUAAAAGUAAAACAUCUCUAGAAGCGAAUAAAAGUCUGGCAUCCACUCCAGGCUUCCAGUCACAGGGACAAGAGUGGAAUCAUAGCACCAUCAUCGAUGCUUCCAAUGGUGCCGAGCCUCUGCCCUCACCCCACACAGAUCCCAACAAAAAGUUUUACCGUAAAGGCUCAUUGACUCACGGCCAGGGUCUGCCAGCAGGUGAAAAGAGCCCUGUCCAGUCAGAUCAGUAAUAGUCAGGACGCCCAAGCGUGCCACCUUCACGAGUGAGCCGCUCUACUCGAAACAUCACGAAGAAAACCAGCUGGAACAAAAGAGAAGGGACAAAAACUUUGUGAUGUGUCACUCCUCAAAUUAGGGUGUCAAGUAAAAAAUAGGUGCCUUCUCAUGCCAAUUUCUUUGUCUCAGUUUUUGGGGGUUUCUGUUCAAUGCAAGUGUGGGUGUGCUCCGGAGACAUCUUGGUGGCAGCAGUCAUUCUUCUCGAGGUUCUGAACUAACCUGCACCACCAAAGCAAGCAAUAGCUUCUUUUCUGUAGGUAUUGGGAACUGUACCCUGUUUAGUGGUUCCAUUCCGUUAGCAAGUAACACCUCAGGUUCAGUUGGGUAGAGCACACGGUAGGAGAUAAGUCAGACCCUCAAGACUGCCCACGGAGGGCAACUGGCUAAUUUGCUAAUCCAGCUACUAUUACCAAAGGUUGGAAGAUGGUUUACUAUUGUCAAGUGUUUAACUCUGCCCUAAUCUGCCAACCACAUUGCACACUCAGGCACGCCCCCCCCAGAAUGUGGGGAGUCCCCAAAAGCAUGACACACAUUGGAAACAAUAGGUAAUGUUUUUGGGAGUUGAGAUCUUAGAUUCUCUCCGUUGACAGUGCCUUCUCUCCUUGAGCUCACCAGCCAGCAUUAGCCAUGCCUUCUUCAGUGUACUGUGAUGCCAGGUGUGCUGGCCUUUCUGUCUGUGGGUGCUGGCUCCUCUGACCCGAGGGUCAGCAUGCACAAUGCACAGUGUUUCCCGAAAUCACUCCACAAGCUCCUGAGUUAACUGUAACUGCAGUUCAAAGGGCGCUCUUGGUGCUAAUGAGUCAUUGAAACAGUCCCUUUGUUCACUCUCAUUCCUCUAGCAUUUGUAAAAUAUUGUUCUUCUAACUCUUCCGAGAAGACCGAUCUU